AUGAAGUCUGCUCAUGACAUCUUCUUCAACGACUACGGGACGAAGUUCAAUCUUGAACACGGCUGGAGGGAGUUGAGGUUUGAUCAAAAGUGGAGAUCCAACUCUGUCUCAAAAGAUGGUGCAAAGGAGAAACGGAAGGAAGCUGCAGAGUCAGUCCCUGACUCGGAUGAGGCUAGGCCUCCUGGUGUUAAGGCUUGCAAAGCAGCCAAACGCAAGAAAAAGGGGAAUGAAGCAGCCUUUGAUCGACUAGAAACCAUUCUAGACUUGAAACGCAACCUAGCCAAACAAAAAAUUCUAGAUCGUCUCCUCUCUAAGAAACAUGAAACUCUAACUGAAAGUGAGGUGGCUCUUAAGGAGAAACUCGUGAAGGUUGUUGGUUGUGGAGGUCACGGGUUCUACAAGGUUUGUUGGUUCUACAGGUCACGGGUUGUUGGUUGUGGAGGUCACGGGUUCUACAAGGUUUAG